GCCUCCCAGCCUCAAAGCUGGCUCUGCAGGGGACAUAGUGACAUGAGAGGCACACCACAGACCCAUCUCCUUGCCUUCUUCCUUCUCUUCCUCCUCUCAAAGGUGUGUGCCCAGCUGUGCCCGACACCGUGUGCCUGCCCCUGGCCACCUCCCCGAUGCCCACCAGGGGUGCCCCUGGUGCUGGACGGCUGCGGCUGCUGCCGGGUGUGUGCACGGAGGCUGGGGGAGCCCUGCGACCACCUCCACGUCUGCGACCCCAGCCAGGGCCUGGUCUGCCAGCUCAGGGCGGGCCCUGGCGGCCAGAGGGCUGAGUGCCUCUUCGGAGAGGAUGACGGGAGCUGUGAGGUGAAUGGCCGCCUGUACCAGGAAGGAGAGACCUUCCAGCCCCACUGCAGGAUUCGCUGCCGCUGUGAGGAUGGUGGCUUCACCUGCGUGUCGCUGUGCAGCGAGGACGUCCUGCUGCCCAGCCCGGAAUGCCCCCAACCCAGGAGGGUGGAGGUCCCGGGCAAGUGCUGCCCCGAGUGGGUCUGCACCGAGGCCCUGGGGGUGCAGACCCUCCCAGCCCGAGAACCCCAGUUUUUUGGCCUUGUAGCUCCCCAGCCCAUCCCAUGCCCAGAAUGGAGCACGGCCUGGGGCCCCUGCUCGACCACCUGUGGGCUGGGCGUGGCCACCCGGGUGUCCAACCAGAACCGCUUCUGCCGACUGGAGACCCAGCGCCGCCUGUGCUUUCCCGGGCUCUGCCCGCCCACCAGGGGGCGCAGCCCAUGGAACAGAGCCUUUUAG